AUGAGUAAUACGGACUUCCUGGGCCGCGCGAUCGAUACGGUCAAGAAGGCUAUUGAGGAUGACAACAACGGCGAGUACGAAAAGGCUUAUCAGACCUACUACUCCGCACUGGAGUUGUUCAUGCUGGCCUUGAAAUGGGAGAAGAACCCCAAGUCCAAGGAAAUGAUUCGCUCCAAGGCCGGCGAGUAUAUGGAUCGCGCCGAGAAGCUCAAAAACCACCUGGCAGAGGAUCGCAAAAAGCCGAGCGCAGUUGGCGCAAAUGGCAAGGUGGCGCAGGGUAAUGGGAAGGGAGGGAAGGAAGACGACGAUAACGGCGAAGAUGCGGAUGCCAAGAAGCUUCGGAACGCGCUCCAGGGUGCUAUCUUGUCAGACAAACCAAAUGUGAAGUGGGAGGACGUUGCUGGUCUGGAAAAUGCAAAGGAAGCUUUGAAGGAAGCGGUCAUUCUUCCCAUCAAGUUCCCACACUUGUUCACUGGCAAGCGCCAACCAUGGAAGGGUAUCUUGCUGUAUGGCCCUCCGGGUACAGGAAAGUCGUACCUCGCCAAGGCCGUUGCAACCGAGGCAAACAGCACGUUCUUCAGCGUCAGCAGUAGUGACUUGGUCUCCAAGUGGAUGGGUGAGAGUGAAAGACUCGUAAAGCAAUUGUUUAACAUGGCCCGUGAAAACAAGCCUGCGAUUAUCUUCAUUGAUGAAGUUGAUGCGCUGUGCGGACCGCGUGGCGAGGGAGAAUCUGAAGCUUCACGGCGUAUCAAAACCGAAUUACUUGUGCAGAUGGACGGUGUCGGUAAUGACUCAAAGGGUGUUCUGAUUCUGGGUGCUACCAACAUUCCUUGGCAACUCGAUGCUGCGAUCCGGAGACGAUUCCAGCGACGAGUACAUAUCAGUUUGCCGGAUGUCAAUGCCCGAAGCAAGAUGUUCUCGCUUGCUGUUGGAUCGACGCCCUGUCAAAUGACCCAGGCCGACUAUCGCCAAUUGGCAGAUCUGAGCGAAGGCUACUCAGGUAGUGAUAUCAGUAUCGCUGUUCAGGAUGCACUGAUGCAGCCGAUUCGCAAGAUCCAAGGAGCAACACAUUAUAAGAAGGUCCUCGUUGAAGGCGCAGAGAAACUCACCCCUUGCUCGCCAGGGGAUGCGGGGGCAGUGGAGAUGAGCUGGCUCAACGUCGAAGCAGACCAACUCUUGGAGCCACCUCUGGUUCUCAAAGAUUUCAUCAAGGCGGUUAAGAACUCCCGCCCAACCGUCAGCGGCGAGGAUCUUACCAGGAACUCAGAAUGGACCCUCGAAUUUGGCAGCGAAGGCGCAUGA